AGAACCCUGGGAAGAGAGGAAGGGAAAAGAAAUUAAAUAAAAGUUAUCCUUAGAUUCAAAUCCCCGUGUACUCUAAAUCCUUUAAAAGUUGGCGACAACUUUAAAGUUGCUGUGAGGCGACAGCGCUAACCACUACACCACCAUGCCGCCCGGGCCUGUGCAUACUGUGGAGAAAUAGAAAAGGUUGAGCAUGUUCUUAUACACUGUACACAGUAAUCCAGUGAAAGAGAGAAGAUGGGGAGGGCAUUGAGAAAGUCAGCCAUUCACACAAUCAGCAGUAACAGCUCUAACACAGUAUUUAAAGGACACUCAACUAGCAAACAGAAUUCAGUUUAGGUGUUUUUUUUUGUUAUAAUCAGUCUGCAAUUUAAUAUCCCUUGAGAUCACACCUCAGCCCGGUAGAUGGCGGUAAUACACGUCGAUUGUUAACCGCCAGAUUGUUAAUCGACAGAAGAAGACGACUUCCCUGGUUGGAGUUAGAAGGAAGGGCGUCAUUUUCAAAGUGUUUUUUUUUUUUUCUAACUGCCUGUUGUUGUCUUGACGCUCGGGGAAACAUUGUGCUGGAUGAAAAGGAAAUGGAAGACCUUGACUUCUCAGAGGAAGAAAUCCAAGAGCAGUUAGCUGUGCUUGGAUACACCAACGUCCCGAAACAAAGACUGCGUGAAUUCAAACGAGAUCUUGACUUGCUGAUUCGUCAUGAAAAGUCCAAGAGUAGCACUUCAGCUGAGUGGAGCUCUCCAACAUCUCACAGUAGUUCAUGCAAGAGUCCACCAGCGUUUACUAAAGAGAAAGUCCAGGUACCCAGUGCUGCUUCCAAGUACAACUACAUUUACUCUGGCAAUAGUGCAGCAGAUCAGCACAGACAGGUUCUGCCCUCAACAUUUAAUGAUGAGAACUAUAACAGUGUGAACCUGGGGCCUGGUGAUUCUUACAUAAAGCACUCGGUGGCUCCCCGAUGCGUCAGACCCUCUACAGCUCCUAACAGGCUUGAGGUCGAGGUCCCGCCUGCGUCCUCUGACGUUUACCAUUCAGCCCUGGGUGCCAGCGAACCCGCUAGGCCCCAGCGAGACCUUCACACGAACGCAAAACCGGUUCUCAAGAGAAAAGUGCUGAGGAAGUAUAGGGGACACUCUCAGGUGUGUGAUGAGUCUACAUACAGCGAGGACUCUGAGACAGUAAGUGAGCUGGAAGAGCGCUUGGCAGAACUACACAUGCUUGCUCCUCAUGAGCGACAUGAAUUCUACUCUGCGAGUGAGGAGGCGAGCAGCUACAGCGACACACACAGCUCCGCAGCAGAGGAACUGCCCAGUGCUUUUCACGUCUAUGUCAAAGGCAUGACAAGAUCACGCAGUGAGAAUGACCUCAGACCUCGUCCCAAAUCCUUUAUUCGUCCACUUAUGGAUCACCCACACACGAGAAACUUGAAAAAAACAGAUCCUGUUGCAAAGUAUUUCCAGUACAAGCAGGACUGGGAGAUGUUUAAGCCCCCUGGAGAGAAAUGCAGGAAAGAGCUAUACUGGGCCAUCAGGGAACAACUUGCAUACCAGCCUCCACCUCCAAAGCCUCAGAGAACCUACAUCCCAAACACAUAUGUGGUGCCUACAGCGAAGAAGCGUUCUGCGUUACGAUGGGAAAUCAGACACGAUCUGGCAAACGGCAUCAUUCCUGCAAGAGUAACUUAUACGUAAUGUGCCUUAAGCAAGUGACUGUUAAUUUCAGGUUUUUAUUUAUUAACGCAUGUUUUCCAUGUCUUGUGAGUUGUAUAAUUUUAAAUGAAUGACACUGUUUAGGAAAUAAAUGUUUUUUUUUAA